AUGUCUUUUCUGCAGACACCAAAGAUGCUAACAAGAAAGAUUAAGCUUUGGGACAUUAAUGCCCAUAUAACCUGUCGUCUGUGCAAUGGAUACCUGAUUGAUGCUACUACUGUAACAGAAUGCUUACAUACUUUCUGUAGAAGCUGCCUAGUGAAAUAUUUGGAGGAAAACAACACCUGUCCAACGUGUAGAAUUGUUAUACAUCAGAGUCACCCAUUACAGUACAUUGGUCAUGACAGAACAAUGCAAGAUAUUGUGUACAAACUUGUGCCAGGCCUCCAAGAAGCGGAAAUGAAAAAGCAAAGGGAGUUUUAUCACAAACUGGGCAUGGAAGUUCCAGGGGACAUCAAAGGGGAGACAUGUUCUACAAAACAGCACCUAGAUUCCCAUCGAAAUGGUGAAACUAAACCAGAUGAAAGUUCAAACAAAGAAACUUCAGAGGAAAAACAAGAAGAAGAUAAUGACUACCACCGAAGUGAUGAACAGGUAAGCAUCUGCUUGGAAUGCAAUAGCAGCAAACUGCGUGGAUUGAAACGAAAGUGGAUUCGUUGCUCAGCACAAGCAACAGUCUUGCAUCUAAAGAAGUUCAUUGCCAAAAAACUAAACCUUUCUUCCUUUAAUGAGCUGGACAUAUUAUGCAAUGAAGAGAUUCUUGGCAAGGACCACACACUCAAGUUUGUAGUUGUUACUAGAUGGAGAUUUAAGAAAGCGCCUCUACUGCUACAUUACAGACCCAAAAUGGACUUGCUGUAA